AUGAAGAGAAAGAUGAAGUUAUCGUUAAUAGAAAACAGUGUAUCGAGGAAAACAACAUUCACCAAAAGGAAGAAAGGGAUGACGAAGAAACUAACCGAGCUAGUCACUCUAUGUGGUGUUGAAGCAUGUGCGGUCGUCUAUAGUCCGUUCAACUCGAUCCCGGAGGCUUGGCCGUCAAGGGAAGGCGUUGAAGACGUGGUGUCGAAAUUUAUGGAGUUGUCGGUGUUGGACCGGACCAAGAAGAUGGUGGAUCAAGAGACUUUUAUAAGUCAAAGGAUCGCCAAAGAAAAAGAGCAGCUGCAGAAGCUACGUGAUGAGAACCAUAAUUCUCAGAUUCGGGAGUUAAUGUUUGGUUGUCUCAAAGGGGAGACGAAUGUGUAUAAUCUUGAUGGAAGGGAUCUUCAAGAUUUGAGUUUAUAUAUUGAUAAGUAUCUUAAUGGUCUUACUCGCAGGAUUGAGAUCCUUAUUGAGAACGGUGAGUCUUCUUCAUCUUUACCUCUUCCUAUUGUUGCGAAUGCAGCUGCACCAGUCGGAUUUGAUGGUCCUAUGUUUCAAUAUCAUAAUCAAAAUCAGCAAAAGCCGGUUCAAUUCCAAUAUCAGGCUCUUUAUGAUUUUUAUGAUCAGAUUCCAAAGAAAAUUCAUGGUUUUAAUAUGAAUAUGAAUAAGGAUUCGAAUCAAAGUAUGGUUUUGGAUUUGAAUCAAAAUCUUAAUGAUGGAGAGGACGAGGGCAUUCCUUGCAUGGACAACAACAACUACCACCCCGAAAUCGAUUGUCUCGCUACCGUCACCACUGCCCCCACUGAUGUUUGUGCUCCUAACAUCACCAAUGAUCUCUAGUCUAAGGGAUGUAUUUCGAGUGAAGUGUUUGAUCGUUUGCAUUUGUGUUUUCUCCAUUUUAUAAGACAAAACUUAUAUGUGAUGUCUUUUUU